CUGAAUAAAAUCACCUUCACCUGCCUACCGCCCCCAGAGCAUUCUUUCUGCUCAUCCAUUCACUCCCUCGGACUUCAGCAUGGGCUGGGGCUGGACCCGGACCCCGGGAUCUGACAAUUAGCGACAAGGAUGGGAUGAGAUCCCAGAGAGGAAAGGGCAGCAUGCCUCACAGGACCAACGGAAAGCGGGCCAUCCAGUAGAUUUCUGGAUCAGCCACACUGAAGAACUAGGAGAAAAUGGAGAAUUGAAAAAUGUGCAAGAUUGAUUAAGCCCUUCUUUUGGUAUGAGAAAGUUAAACCUAUAUUUAGAGUGGAUGUCAAGACAACAUAAAAUUAUAAGAAUUCACCAUAUCUGGUAUACAGCAACAAAAAGGUGGUCCUAGCGAAUCUCCCGUAAGUUUAUUGGUAUAAGCUGACAGAGAGGCAUUGGUGAACGAAAAGUAAACGACAUAGGAAUCUGGACCACCUAUUUGCCCCAGACCACUGGACUCUUAAAAAUGUUAUUGAUGUGGCAUGCUGCCCCGGGAAGACCGUGGCGCUGUGGUGUGUCAUGGGAACCAGGUUCUUUAGUGGAAGAAUGUGAAGUGAGGAUGAAUGAUCCAUGGAGGCAGUAAAAGGUGCCGCGAGGGAGACAUGAUUCCCAAAGCACCGAGCCGGUGGCCGGGCAACAGGUAAUAUGAGAAAUGAAUCCAACAGGUACAGACCCAAGAAUCUGAUUUCUAGCUGCUGAAGUUGCAAAAAGCCCUGAGCGGAAUGUCCCUGUUAUACUGUUGAAGUUAAGCCAUUGCUGUGCAGGCUUGGAGCCAGGAGAAGAUGCAGAGGAACUUUUCAAUGAAUUACUUCCAUCAGCUGCAGAAAAUUUUCUAGUUUUGGGGAGACAAUAACAAAUAUGUUUUAUCAAUGCAGCUAAGGCUGAAGAAAAAGAUGAGUUACUACAACUUGUGACUGACUGGCUCUUCUGGCUUUUGGGAGGCCAUGUUGAACUUAUUCAGAAUGUACUACAAAGUGAUCAUUUCUUACACUUACUGCAAGCUGACAAUGUCCAAAUAGGAUCUGCACUCAUGAUGAUGCUACAGAAUAUACUAUAGAGCAACAGUGGUGAUUUACUCAGAACAGGAGGGAAAGCCCUGCAUUCAAUUUUAGAUGAAGUUAUUUUCAAGCUUUUUUCAGCUCCUAGUCCAGUCAUAAGAAGUACUGCUGCAAAACUCCUACUGUUGAUGGCUGAAUCCCAUCAGGAAAUUUUGAUUUUACUGAGACAAAAUGCCUGCUACAAAGGACUCAGAAGUCUACUAAGUAAACAGGAAACUGGGACAGAAUUCAGUCAAGAACUUAGACAGCUCAUUGGCCUUUUAAGCCCAACGGUCUAUCAGGAAGUAGAAGAGCAGAAACUACAUCAAGCAGCCAACUUGAUUCAAGCCUAUUGGAAGGGUUUUCAGAGAAGAAAGAGAUUAAAGAAGCUUCCAUCUGCUGUGAUUGCUUUGCAGAGGAGUUUCAGAUCUAAACAAACAAAGAUGUUGCUGGAGAUAAAUAGGCAGAAGGAAGAAGAGGACCUCAGAUUGCGAUCACAGCUUCAAAGACAGAGAGCCAUGAGACUUUCCCAAGAAUUGCGGCUGAGUAUGCUCAAAGUAGUUCAUCCAGGUCAAGUGGAGAAACACAAUUGGGAAAUGGAAGAGAAAUCAGCACUGAUUAUCCAGAAACAUUGGAGAGGGUACGGGGAAAGGAAAAAUUUUUGCCAACAGAGGCAGUCUCUUACAGAAUAUAAAGCAGCUGUCACACUUCAAAGAGCAGUGCUUAAAUUCCUAGCAAAGUGCCGUAAGAAACAGAAACUAUUUGUUCCUUGGCGAGGACUCCAAGAACUCACUGAUGCAUGCUGAGUUGAACUGAAGCAACAAGUGGAUGACUAUGUCAGAAGACAUUUGGGCUCUCCAAUGUCAGAUGUGGUCAGUAGGGAGCUCCAUGCCCAAGCUCAAGAAUGACUGCAACACUACUUUAUGGGCUGGGCCCUGGAAGAGUGAGCCCAGCAACACAGAGAAGCUCUGAUGGUACAGAUCAGCACCAACGUUGAACAGCUAAUGAAGGCACCAAGUCUGAAGGAAGCAGAAGGGAAAGAACCUGAGCUUUUCCUAAGUAGAUCCAGGCCUGUGACAGCCAAGGCCAAGCAGGCCCAUCUCACCACCCUGAAGCAGAUACAACCCACAUGGUGGAAGAAGCUUGGGGAAGAAUCUGGAGAUGAGGUUGAUGUUCCAAAGGAUGAGCUUAGCGUGGAAUUAGAAAUUUUAUUCAUUGGUGUAACCAAACCACCUUAGUGAGUUACCCUAAGAAUUGACACAAAUCUCAUAUUUUAGGAGAUUAUAUUGGUUCUGCCUCUGGCAUGCUGGUAGACUAGGGCCAUCCUAACUUAUUAUUUUCCAGAGGUUCUCCUCCAGACAAGAUUUGCAGUAAGCAAAGAGUUAUACUCUACCUGUCUCUAAAUUUUCUUUUUCUUUGCUCUGUAUCUUUGUCAUUGGCCACACACACAGAUUUGUGUGGCUUUUGUUGUAGAACUAAACGUAACAUAGUGUUCUGUUGUUUACAUGAAGUGUGAGUUUUCUUUUGUUUCUGCUGUUU